CUCGGUUUUCCCGCUCUCAGUCUCUCUGAGUAACUCAUUUCUCUCAGAAUCACACACAAAUCAGUGAUGUUGCUACCGACGGAGUCUCGGUGAUUUAAGUGAAAUCUAGGUAUUUGAUUUGUAUGUGGAUGAUUCUUAGUAACAAACGAAACCACAAACACCUUAUAUUGCAGAAUGUUUCUAGCUAAUGUAAGGAUUUUUUUAAACUGAUUUUUCCUUUUCCAUUUCUGUGUGUAUGUUUAUUUAAGAAACUACUGAGAUUUGGAAGGAUAUACAUCAAUAUGAGCGAAUCCAUGGAUAGGAUCAGUGACAUACCUGAAUCACUUCUUCACCAUAUAAUUUGUUUCCUUGAAAUCAAGGAUGGCGCUCGUACUAGCGUGUUAUCGAAAAGAUGGAACUCCAUUUGGACCUCUAUCCCCACCCUUAGAUUCCAUAGGCCUCUUUCCUGUUCCUUCCUCCCUCCCUCUUCUGCCGAGACUGAUAAAUUCAUGGAUUUUGUGGAUGGAACAUUGCAUCGUCAUAAUUCGUCAAAUAUACAAAACUUCUUUCUCUUCUGGCGUGAGCACUUGAAUGAAACUCGGGUUCAUUCAUGGAUCUCUACUGUAAUAAGGGGGAAAGUUCAAGAGCUCGGUCUAUACUUAACCCAAACUCGACCCUUAUUUAUUCCUUUAUCUCUUUUUACUUGUGAAUCACUGAUGUCGUUGGAGCUAGGAGCACAACAUAACAUCACCCUUCCUAAAUAUAUCUCUUUUCCAAGACUCAAACGGCUUAAACUUUACAAGUUUGAGUUUAGCGAUGAGUGCUGGAAUGAUGAAAUCUUUUCAAAUUCCACUGCUCUUGAAGAAUUGAUUCUGGACUUCUGCACUUUUCGUAUGAGGAAUUUCACUAUUUCAAUUCCUACUUUGAAGCUUUUGAAAAUUCGCUGUUUUGAGUUCGUGAUAGAUGUUGGUUUACAAGACUGUGCUCUCAAAAUUGAUGCACCAAAUCUUUUGACGUUCGUCUACUCAGCUGAUGUUGCAAAAGAAUAUGCCAUCCCUAGCUUUCUAACACUGGUGGAAGCAGUUGUUCGCUUCAAAUUUGAACAAAAAGGUGCUCAAAUAAGUCGGUUACUUCGAGCCCUUGCACAUGUAAAACGUCUAACUGUCAAUGAUUCAACCCUACAGGCUAUCUGCUCUGCAUAUGAUCCGUCGAACAGUUUGCUGACAUUUCAUAACGUCAAAAUGUUGAACUGUCUGACAUACUAACCACAGAUCAAGGACUAAUUGAUUUGCUCAAAGCAGUACCUAAUCUAGAGUCGCUCGUAUUUAAUGAGUAUAUUGAUGAUGAACAAGAAGUAGAUAGUGAUGAGGACGACAGUGAAGGUGCACAGAACGAUGGAGAUGAGGACAAUGAAUACAAUGAUGUUGACUCUGUUGAGGGCGAAAACAACCACGGCAAUGAAGACGAAGGAGAUGUCUCUGACGCUGCUGGUUGUGACAACGAAACAGAGGGUGCAAGUAAAUAUGGCAAUGAUGAAGAUGAUAGUUUUCUUUGAGGAAUUUGUUGGGAACCCAAGGGAGCUGAAGUGGGUGAAGCUGAUUUUGAAGAAUGCAAAAGCUUUGCAGAUGAUGAAUAUAUGUUACUAUGAUGCUGGCUUACGCUUUAUAAAUGGGAAAAGUGAAAAAGAACUUAUGGUAGAGAUACCAAGUUUUCCAAGAGCCUCAACAGGUUGUAUGUUUAGAUUCUGUUCUUUGGAUGGGACCUCGGUUGUUCUUCAUUGAAAAUAAUUUAGUUAAAAUCAGCUUUAUUUCAUUCUUUUACUGUACAUCUGACUGUUACCAUAUAAAGAAUCCCAACAAUGAAACACG